AACAUUCAUCCCAUUGCGCUUUCAACCAUCCUCGCUUUUGACAACUUCAAUGAUUCAAAUUUAUUUGACGUUUUCCUAUACUCGUUUUUUCGUAAUUCAGCAUGUCAAAUUUGCACCAAAAUUUUGUGAAAGUGAAUCCAAAACCGUUAAUGGCAUAUUUUAUAAAACAAUAGCUGUCUAUUAGAACUAUUUGUGAUAUUUUCUAUGCUAUAGUGUGAUAUCUAUUUAACCAAUUACUGCAAUAUACUAGAUUGCUUGCGAAUCUCUUAAAAUCCUAAAAUAGAACGACAGCGUCUACACUAAACUUAAACGUAGUAACAAGAGCGAAAUCUGAAGAAUUAAAUAUAAAUCCAUUUCAAGCUCAGUAAUAACAUAUCAAUCUGUUUCGUGGAAUUGCAAUGGAGGGAAAUACAAGUACAACAAAUGACAAUUUUGCAACAGAGACAAAGUCAACAAAGAGAAAUAGCUCAAAAGUUAUUUAGAGCGUCCGAUAGCAGACUGUGUCUACGUGAUUUAAACACAAAUGUUUUUAAAAUAUUUGAGAGUGCAAGAGUGAUCCACUAAUCACAGCAGCUACGGAAGCACUAUCAGCUAGCGCACAAGUUAGGGGGUUAAAGAGAAAAUUAUUCGUACACCGACUCGUAAUAGCGGGUGCAUGGUAUGAGCUUUGUACUUACCCCUUCCCGUCGCGUAAUUUUCAUAUGCUGUAAUCAAUAGGCAAAUAUCCAAACUAAUGUAAAUAAAUAUUUUGCGAAACAGACUUGUCUUACAACAAAUACAAAUAGCAAAGUGUAUGACAAAUAUACAUAAAUAACGAUCAAAUCGAAAAAACAGCUGCAAAACCAAUUAAACGGGCGCAACACAUUUAUAUACAAAUACGAUGACAACGGGAAAAAGCAGCUGCAAUCGAGGUGCAAGAUAAAGAAGAAAUAGUGCAAACGACAACUACAAAACAGAAAGUGUAAACCAAAAGACAUAUCCACUACUGAAAGUAAGGUCCCUUUCAAGGUUAAAUUGAAGACAUAUACUCUUUGGAGGUCAAAGAAAAAUAGUAUUUCAGGUUUCAAGUGCAUAUUUAUACGUCAAGUUGAGUAUUUUACUUAAUACAAUCAAGUCAACACAGAACUGAAAGUUGACAGUGUUAAUGCGAAAUUAUUAAAAAAAAUGGAAAAUUUUCCACAGUGUGCCAUUUGCGGCACAACGCAGCAAUUGUUGCGUUGCGCCAAAUGUAAGUCGAUUUUUUACUGUUCCACUACACAUCAGCAUAUGGACUGGCCCAUGCAUAAACUGUCCUGCCGCAUGCUAGCCAAACAAAAGAAUGAGAAUCGUAUACAACAUCUCCAACAGGCUGUUGCUGCUACCACACUUAAUAAUACGCUUGCGCCAUCAAUGUCCACAACAAGCAACGAUGUCGAUGCUGGUCACCAUCGCUGGACAAAUUCCAUGAACGAUAUGGGAAUUAUCGGCUUUGGGCUCUUAGGCGGUAACGAAAGUGCUGAAGUUGAUCCAAGUGUAUUAACUGCAGUGCCACCCAUGGCUGUGAUGAUGGGUAACAAUGACAAUGGCGUUGUAUACAAUCAGUCAAAUGGUUUGGCUAACCAAUCAAAUCCUAGUCAAAUACCAGACGCUGGUGGCACAGUGUCCGGUGCUGGUGUUAUGCAAAAUAAUACAUCAUUAUGCAUGCAACCACAAUAUCAUAAUGUAGAUCAACGCUUGCUUUCACCGCAAUAUCAUCAACAACAGCAUGAGUUAAUGCAACAACAGUUGCAGUAUCAACAAUCGUCGCCUUCGCAAACACCGUAUACAGCAAACAUAACGAACCAUCAUGCCCAUCAUCCAUAUGAGAAAAGCAUCUGUCAGGUUGGAAGUGGUGGUGGCGUGGACGAAAACGCUUUUGGCAAUGCAAACGAGCGCCGCUAUGACGAACUGUGUCGAAAUAUCAUCAGCGACAUGAAUCAGUACGGUUUGUCGGUGGUCGAUGAUUUUCUGGGUGUCGAGAAGGGCCUGCAGAUUCUCAAUGAAGUGCAUCGCAUGUAUUCAGCUGGUGUCUUCAAAGACGGCCAACUGGUGAAUAAUUUGCGAGAGGAAGAGCUGCGCACAAUACGCGGCGAUAAGAUAACGUGGGUUAAGGGCGUAGAACCAGGCUGUGCAAAUGUUGGCUAUUUGAUAAAUCAGAUCGACGCGGUCAUUUGUCGGGCAAACACAAUGAAGAACAAUGGUCAAUUGGGCAAUUAUAAUAUUAAAGAGAGAACAAAGGCUAUGGUGGCUUGCUACCCGGGUUCCGGCUCGCAUUAUGUGGUGCAUGUCGAUAAUCCGAACAAGGAUGGUCGUGUUAUAACGGCUAUUUACUAUUUGAAUGUUAAUUGGGAUACGGAGCGCAGUGGUGGCGUUUUACGAAUUUUCCCAGAGCACGGUAAUUCAGUUGCUGAUAUCGAACCGAAAUUUGAUCGGUUGAUCUUCUUCUGGUCCGAUCGGCGCAAUCCACACGAAGUACAACCCUCACAUCGCACCCGCUACGCCAUCACUGUGUGGUAUUUCGAUGCGAACGAACGCGAAGCGGCGUUGAAUCGUAUCAAAAACAGUAAAAAUAAUGCCAAAUCAGCAACAAAUACAACAACAACAACAAAUGCAAACACAACAACGCGAGCGUCGGCGCCUACGAAUAUGCACGACAACUCGAGCGCAACGCAUACAAAUCCGCAAUUGAACGCAACCAAUGCGUCGGCGGCGUCACUAACAACAACACAAACAACAACAGCAGCAGCACUAGCACUAGCAACAACAACAACAACAGAAACAACAGCGCCAACAAUGCCAACACCCGCAAAUAGCAAAAUGGUUGCGAAUUCGAAUGCCAAUUCAAAUGCGAUCAUAAACAAUAGUAAAUGUGCGAGUCUAAACAACACAACGACGAAUAUGAACGAACACCAUCACACGAGCAGCAACAAUGUGGUGCUUGCAAAUUCGAGUGAAAUUUGCACGUAACAUCAUUGCCAGCUGUUGUUGAUGUUGUUGUAUAAAGCAGCAGUAUAGCUGUGAGAACUGUGUGUGUGUAGUGCGCGUGUUUCUAACGUUUUCGUUUUUUUUUUGUUUUAUAAGUUUUUGUGAUUUUUUCGUCGAUUUUUGUUUGUUGGCCAUCACCUUAAGCGUUGACCCGAAGACAAGCAACGAUUUUAUUUUAACCAAAAGCUUGUUUCCUUACUGAACUUGCUAAAUUUUUGUGCGAAAAAUUGUAAAUGCGUAAGAGCGUUGAUAAAGAACAAUAACAAAUUGGAACUGCAAAGAAAAUAUUAUAGAGAACUAUAAAAUUUGUUUAGCUAGAAGUAUUAUAUAUACGAACUCAAUGUAAAUAUAUAUGUAAUUUCACUAGACCUAAACUGUAUGGCUUAAUAGCUUAGUUAGAAAGAAAGUUGCAAUGAAAUAUUUGUACUAGAUACAUACAUAUGUACACACACACGCCCAUAUGUACGUUAUACAUGUUAACAGUUGCAAUUAUUGUUGUUGUAAGGUGUUAAAAACGAAUUGAGAAUGCAGUGAGGAAAGUGUGAAAUGUUGCAAAGUAGCUAACUUAAUGUAAAAGUAACUACAGCUGCGUGCAAAAUAUUUGUAAUUUUUGUUUGAAAUUAGUAACUAGCGAUUGUUAGUAAAGACGGAAAAAGUUUGUAUUUACAACAAAAAGUUAUAUAAAAAUGUAUUUCGUGCGCUGAAACGCAGUUGUGACACACUUCUAUGGAUAGGUCCAACCGGUUUUACUAAUUAUUAAGGCAAAUAAUUUUGUGCCGUUAAUAGAAAUGGACAUUUCGCAUAGUAAAAAUCUAAUUUCUUUAUUAGUAUUUCAAGUAGUCGCCGUUGUGCAGUGUGAAUGCGCGUUAUAGGCGUGUACGUGCGCAAUGGCAUGCAGGCCAGAGUCAAAUGGCAGAUAGCAAGCAAAUAUUAGCAACAAUAAAGCGCAAUGCAAUAAGCUAAAUGAAUAAUUAAAUAUAAAAAACAUGCAAACA